AUGAGCCUGAGCCUGAGCCAUCGUCCUACUUUUAAUGGCAUGACAUACACACCCACCCAGCUUCAGCGCGAUCUCACACCAACUGCGCUCCACUCCCGCUCUUGCUUCAGCACAAGCACCCACCACCGCAAAAAACGCAACCCUUCCGCACUCCCCCCACGGCCUACCCUCCCAGACUCAGACAUCACACAUGUGUACCUGAAAGGCUCCGGCCCCGGCGGCCAGAAAAUCAACAAGACGAACAGCGCGGCGCAGCUGACGCACCUGCCUACCGGGAUCGUGGUGAAAUCCCAGGCGACGCGCUCGCGCAGCCAGAACUACACGAUCGCCCGACGGAUUCUCGCCGAGAAGGUCGAGGUGCUGGAGAAGGGAGAUGAGAGUCGCGUCAUGAAGAGGCAGGAGAGGGACAGGAGGAAGAAGGCGAGUAGCACGAAGAAGAAGAGGAGGAAAUAUCGCGCGUUGGAGAAAGGGGAUGGGCAGGAGGGAGAGGAGGACGAUGUGGGAGAUGGUGCAAUUGGGCCGGAGAGGGAGAAGCAGCAAGCCCUGGAUGAGAAGACCGUUCAGACCGGCGACGGAAAUAGUGCAGAACACGCCAAAGCACCGGCGAUCGAGGACAAUGCAGGAAAUCCUCUGAGCAUUCACGCACCGCUAAAGCCAGCUUGA